GGGAAGCGGUGCUUGGGGGCCGGCACCGGCGCGGACGGGGCUAUAAAAGCCGGCCCCGUGGCUGGCGGCCCCAGCCCGCCCGGGGGCAUUGCUGAGGGGCUGCCGGCUGCAGCCCAUAGCAGGGCGCUGUUGGGGGUGUGAGUGGUCGCCGCCGCUUUGCUGGUGCCCUGGGGUCGCGCCUCUCUCUCAAGGCACGGAGCGUUCACCCCGGGUGUGCGGAGGGAGCGCCGCGGCGCGGCACGCGUGGGCUCGCCCGAGGCUGUCCCGGCUCGGCGCUGCGCUAGCGGGCGUUAAGAUGUCCUGGCUGUCGAGGGGAGGGAAGUCAAAGGAGAAGGAGGAUCCGGAGAGCCCGCCGAGCCGAGAGGAGAGGGGCGUGCUGGUGCAGGCCAUGCUGGAGCACGGCGGGGACCCGUGGGACUAUAAGGUAAUUGGGGAGGACCCUACUCUGAAAGGUGCGGAGAGGCAGUGGCUGAACUACGUGUCAGUGUAUCACCCCAAGGGCGAGAAGAAGUGCUCGGCCCUGCAGUGGCUGUUGUUCGAUCUGGCGCGGGUCUUGCAGGCGGCGGUGGAGGAGAAGGAGCAGCGCAUCCAGAGCCUGCAGAACAACCUGCAGGUCGCUCGGAACGAAGUGCUGGCGCUGCGCUGUGACAGCUCGCUGCUGAGCGAGCAGGCCGAGCAGCUGCGCCAGCUGCGGGACGAGCUGCGGGACGAGGCGGCGGAGAACGCCCGCCUCAGGAGGAGAGUGCACUGCCUGGGCACCCUGCUGACGCUGGGGAACGGCUGGGACCAGAGGAAGGUGGCGGGUCUCAGUAAGGCAGACUGGGACCCAGAGGUGUGGGAUGGGGACGGCUGGAGUUUGGAGGCGCAGGAAGAGUUGCCGGUGCAAGGAGGGGGUGCUGCGGGUGCCAGGAAAGUAAAGCCGGCAGAGGGAGGUGGACACCAGGGAGAGGGGGAUCUGUCCGGGAAAGAGAAGGUUUGGAGGAAACGGAAGGAGGGGUGGCCCGUGUGGGUAAACCGAAUGUGGGCCCUGGAGCGGCGCACUGCCUUCACGCAGGAGGUGGCGAAGCGGGUGGUGACCGCCAUCGGGCUGCCGUGGCCCAAGGUGGGGGCCAUCCUCAGAGCCCUGCCUGUCGAAGGGGUGUCCGGGGGAGAGAUCUUGCGGCUGGUGGUCAGGAACUUAGGAGAGUACGAGCCCCUCAGAGAUAACAUGGAUGGGGCACCCUGGAAGGAUGUCCGGGACGCAUCAGCCUACGUGUGUGGGAAUGUCUUACUGCGGGUGCUAAAGCAGAGGGAGAAGCCAGUGACCCCUGACUUUGAUGUCUUUGGGGUGAAUGUGGAACAGGGGGAUGUAGGGGUGCUGGCCUGCCGUGCCCCCGAGCCGCACAAGGGGUUUUUCAUCAGCCUGGGGGCUACGUUAAUCGGUCGCCCCCUCGGUGAGUGCAUGGCUACCUUGGAGAACAUGGGGACCCUGAUGGGAGCUGAGGGGCAAGGGAUGGCGAAGAAGGACAGGACAGGGGUAAAGGGAAGGAAGUACAUUCCUAGAGGGACAAUUUGGAGAUAUUUGAUAAGCCAGGGGGUGAAUGAAGGAGAGCUUGAUAGCCAGCCCACAGGAGUUUUACUUGCCAAAAUGAAGAAAAUCUUUCAGGAAAAGGGGGUGAAGCAAGAGGAAAUUUGGGAAAAACUGAAGCAGAUGAAUACAUCAGCUCCUCCCUCUAUCCCAAACAGAAAGCUGUACCCGUCCUUGGGGGACCUUAAAGAUUAGGAGUCAUAUCCCCUGCUGUCAGUGGGAUUAACCUCCACCACACUGACCUGGUGCGCAGGGGGAAGGGGCUACAUGGGGGUAUGAUGUCUGUUGAAGGAUGGGGAAGUUACUUUCUUAAUUGCUAUGGGAUUAGAGACAAUGUUAUUAGGUUAUCAGGGUCCUUUGCUCCUGCCUAGAUCUGUUUCGAUAUUGGUAGUGGGAAGCAGAAAAAUAGAAGCCCAGUUGUGGGUAGGGGAGGAUAAACUGGAUGGGUGGAUAAAGGGGUGGGGGGGCAGCAAACAUUUUGUGAGUUAAUUUCCUGUACCAGUUCAAGGUAGAUCUGUUCGGGGGGAAACUGUAUUGCUUUGCUGUCUAGAAGUGAAGUGAUUGCAGGAGUUCCCAAGUCAGCAAAGUGCUAGUCUAAAAGUAAAACAGAAACAGGGGUAGUAAAUGGAGAGUAUGAGGUGGUUCCAGCCAGAGACCCCCUCUUCCCACCCCAGUAUCCAUAGAGUACUGAAGCAUGAAGGGUCACGAGGAGGGUCAGGGGGUGCAAUGAAGGCUGACUAGACUGGGAUUUAAAUUUUCCAUUUUCACAAUUUGUGUGGAAGUCCAGGGCUGUGGGGUAUGUGAAUGGUGGAAGCCCCUUGCAACCCUGGGGGUUAGACUAGAUGAUCUGUAAAGGUCCCUUCCAACUCAAACCAUUCUGUGAACUGUAAAUCCACAGUGGGUUAUGCUUCUGACCCCUGGGAGUGGGCACCACGGAACAGUGGCAAAUUGAUUAUGUGGGUCCCUUUAACGGGAUGAAGGGGGGUGUUGUGUCUGUUUGUAUUUGUUGUUAUUGGCAGAGCAGCAAGAUGGAGAGAGGCAAUGGCAGUGUGUGAGGCUACUGCUAACACCACCGUUUGGUGACUAUGUGAAGGAUUGAACGGAUGCGAUCCUUCACUCUUAACUGGUUCAGCCCUCCAGGGUACUGGAGAGAGCUCAUAGGUCCAUCAAGGUGAGGCGGAAGCUAGUUGCUGAAGAAAGAGGACUAAGCUGGAGCACUUUUGUUUGUGUGCUGGGCCACGGGACCAAAGAGCUCGCCAGGUACUGUUGUGGCCCUGCCCCACAGACAGAUAUCCUCUGUGGUGAUGUUGGUAAACAGCUGUGUGCCUCCAGUACUGAUCUGAUCCUGCAGCGGGGCUCAGCCAGCAGAGACCAUGUGCCCAUACUGCUCUCCAGUGCCACACAACUGUGGAGCUGCAUGCCAAUAUAAAGCAACAUGAAAAUCAACCCUCACUGGGAAAUGUGGUCUUAUCCACACCCUGGGUAUGAAGGGGAGGGCCAGAGAAAAUUUAGGGUGACUGUGUUUCGUGGGUUGGGAAACACAAAACUAAAUGAAAACAAAAAAAGGGGUGGGGGUGUGUGUUUGUUUCAUUAGUAGAUGCCUGCCAGCUGCCCUGAAACCACUGCUCUGAAACCAAAGAGAAUGUUUCUAACUAACAUGUUGGUAAGACUGGUUUUCAGGAUCACUUGUGGAUGUGGGAUUGAACACAGGUGUGGAUCGCAGUGUCACCAAGAACCAUCUUCAAGGUGCUCAUCGUUGUGCUAAAACAUCAUCAAGAAUACUCUAAAAGCAUUGCAGGCCCUGUUCACAUGUUCUCAUGGCUUCUAAGUGUGACACUGGUGGUGAUUGGUAACAGUGCAGACUGUAUAUGCAUUGCCUCACCUGUAAGGAGAGCAGGAGGAUAAAGUGACCUCUGUGGCUCUAGAAGACCAAAGAUGUGGCAUUACAUUCAUUUGCCUGUUCUCAAAAGGGGAGUUUUGUUCCAGACUGAGGGGCUAAUGAUGUCUGUCUGGGAGCUGAGCAGCCUCGCUGGGAUGAGGUGCUCAGACAGUAUGACAGCAUACGGAAGGGAGCGGAGAAGCUGGAGAAUAGGCAAGUUGCAAGCCUGAGACCACCUUGGCAAGUGCGGAACUGUCAGAACUGGAGACUGAAACUGUGAACUGUACGUUGUUGCUAUGACAUAUCAUGAGUUGGUUUCCAAAACUACUGCUAUGCAGCACUUAAUGCACUUAAUCUUGUACUUAUUAGUUAUGAUAGAAGUCAUGUUGUUCUUUAUUCUUCCGUAUAUGCUUUGUUUGUUUCAAAAGGGAGGAAUGUGCUCAUGUGCCCAGUUGAACACUUUACGUGCGUUGCCAGCCUUAACAGUCGUGGUGGCCUCCAGCUGCAAGGGAUUGAGCUUAUCAGCACCUGCAGUGGUCUGGCUGUCCUUGGAGGAGGUCAGGCAGACCAGGGGGUGGCUUGUGAGCAAGAUGUCCCACUGGAGCAUGCCCCCCCAGAGCCAAUGCCCCGGCAGCACUGGCAGAAGGGUGACAAACAAGUGCCUCUGCUGCUGCCUCCAGUAUGUAAACUACCAGAUAAGGUCCUGCUAGCGCUUGGGCAGCUUGCACGGGCAUCAAGGCUGAUGUGGAAUAGUUGUGUCUGGUAAUUGCAGGAGGUAAACUAAGCCUAAUGGGACAACCAUGGGGGAGUUGUGGGGAGGUAGGCUGCCUGCAGUUGGUAUUCCAGCCGGUAACAGCAUGUAAGGCUGCAACUGCCUGGGUUAAUGGCAUCUGAAAUACCGCAGUUAAGUAUGGCUGUAGCAUAACCAGGAUCAGUGGGGAGGAAGUGAUUGGAAACAGGUUGUUUAUUUGGGAAGGAUUUGGGUGGAGGAAAGGAGGCGUCAGAAAGGUGGCCCCUGAUGCUGAAGAGUGAAGGAUGAGGUGUGAAGUCAACUGAAGAAGACCAGAGGGCUCCUGCUGAUGGAGGGAGUGUGGAUGCCUAUGGCUGGCAGCAACAGUGACCUGCAGACUCAAGCCCUGGGAGGCUGGCAGCAUUGGCUGGGGCAAUCUUUUGGACUGGCUCUGUCAGGUCCCUGGCUUCAUGGCGGGGUGUGGGGGCAUGAACCUGCACCUUGGGACUUAAAAAACUGCCGUGGAAGGGUGGCUGUGCGUGAAAUGUGUUAGAUCUGGGAUCAAGAGCUCAUAGCUUCAUAGCUGUGCCUUACGGUUUGCAUAAAUAUGUAACUUGGCCAGUGGUUUGGUUCUGAAGUUUUGAUUAUUUUUGUUUCUCUAGUUUCCUCAUACUGUGUUCAGCAGUCAAUAAACAGUGUGCCUCA